CAUCAAAGUUUACCUAUAGGCUAGGUCUAUAAGCAAACAAUUCGAGCAGUAAACGUGGAUUUAACAUGAUAUAAAGAUUUUAAAUAUAUUUUUGAAACUCAAAACUAGGCUACACGUUAAAAUCUCUGAGAAAGGACGGGACAGGGUGCUCAGGUGCUUCGUACCUGCUCCUUCAGCCCUUGAGAAAUAGGCUAAUCAGAGAGAGGGAAAAGUCGAUUUACCUGUAGCCCGGGUUCUGGCAUCUCUCACUCACGCUCUGUCUUCUGUUACCUGCACCGACUUGAAAGUCCAGUUUCACAAGGAAGAACCGCGGAGGAAGAGAAAUAUGUCACAGGAGACAGACAGUAAGAGGCUGGUUGUAGUGGUGCCCAAUGAGACGUCCUUCCACCAGCGUCGGGCCUACACCAGUGAGGAUGAGGCCUGGAGGUCUUAUCUGGAGAAUCCGCUUACUGCGGCCACAAAGGCCAUGAUGAGCAUAAAUGGAGAUGAAGACAGUGCUGCCGCCCUGGGGCUCCUCUAUGACUACUACAAGGUGCCCAAAGAUAAGAGAGUUUUACCAAUCAGCAAAGUGGUUGAAAUUUCAGAGGAACUGGAAAAGAGAAACACUACAGUGGGAAACAGCAGUCAAAUGGAGCCGGAGACAGUGGAUAACCGUGUGCAGGUACUGAAAUCAGUGCCUGUAAAUCUGACACUCAACACGGACCACCAGGACACCAAACGGGAACAGUACGGAGAGAGUGGACCCGCUGCUGUGGUGAAGGCUGAGGUGUACACUCCGGCUUUCAUGGCUUCGGGAGUUCACUACAGGACAGAAGGAGAGGAACAGAUGCGGGUCAUCUGUGAACAGGCCCACUCGUACGACACCUCGGCUGUGUGUCAUGGCGGAUAUAGGAAGGAUGGCCAUCGCAGUAGUCCAGAUAGCACCUAUGAAGAAGACAGCAAUGAAAAGUACCCCCCAUCGUCGAUCGGAGCUGAUGACUUCAUAUUUGACCAGUCGGACAUGUUAGACACUUUCCAGUACACAUUAGAGGCCAGCAGGUCGUUGCGACAGAAACAGGGUGAUGGGCCUAUGACCUAUCUGAACAAGGGCCAGUUCUACGCUAUUACACUGAAUGAGACAAGUGCCAAUAAACGCCUACGACAUCCCAUCAGUAAAUUGAGGAGUGUCAUCAUGGUUGUAUUCAGUGAAGAUAAGAACCGUGAUGAGCAGCUGAAAUACUGGAAGUAUUGGCACUCCCGUCAGCACACUGCAAAGCAGAGGGUUCUCGACAUCGCUGACUACAAAGAGAGCUUCAACACAAUUGGGAAUAUUGAAGAAAUCGCUUACAAUGCCGUGUCCUUUACCUGGGACGUGAAUGAGGAGGCCAAGAUCUUCAUCACGGUGAACUGUCUGAGCACAGAUUUCUCCUCUCAGAAGGGGGUGAAGGGUCUUCCUCUGAUGAUACAAAUAGACACCUACAGCUACAACAACCGCAGUAACAAACCACUGCAUAGAGCCUACUGCCAGAUCAAGGUCUUCUGUGAUAAGGGAGCGGAGAGGAAGAUCAGAGAUGAGGAGAGGAAACAGAACCGCAAGAAAACAAAAGGAAAGGAUGGAGGCGUUGGGGCGGUUAAUCUCCCCAAAAAGUGUGACGCCAUCUUCUUUAAAAUGAUGACUGAUUUGGAUGCUCAGCCGGUUCUCUUCAUCCCGGAUGUGCACUUUGGAAACUUACAGAGGGCAGGACAGGUAUUUGCAUUUAAUACUGAGGAAAUUGAACGAGAGGGAAGUGUGCUGGUAAAGAGGAUGUUCCGAUCAUCUGACGAUGACUUCUGCCCACCGCCUCAUAAACAGCUAAGAGAGGAGACGCAGAAGAGAGUGCUCUUGUAUGUGAGGAAGGAGUCAGAUGAGGUGUUUGAUGCUCUAAUGCUGCGGACGCCCACUCUCAGAGGACUCAUGGAUGCAAUUUCUGAGAAGUAUGGUGUUCCCAUUGACAGAAUGGUCAAGAUUUACAAGAAGAGCAAGAAAGGGAUCCUGGUGAAUAUGGAUGAUAAUAUCAUUGAGCACUACUCUAAUGAGGACACAUUUAUCCUGAGUAUCGAGAACUACGCAGAUGCCUACAAAAUCACAUUAAUGGAAAUAUGAACUUCUCAUGUGUUUCUAUCAUUCAGUGUGUUUAAGCUAAAAGACUUGUUACUUGGACUCCAACCUGGUCAAAUUCAUCGUCAGCUGUCCACAAAUUGAAUUGACAUCGGCAAAUGCUGAUAUACCUCAUUUUUAAGAGACCUCAAGUAUGAUUUUUAAAGGGUCAAUAGGAGUUUCAGUGCGUCCCAAACAUGUCCAGGAUUUCACUGUUCUAGUGUGGAUGUAAAGACUUUUGCUAGUUGAAUGUGUGAUUAUUGAAUUUCAUUUAAAUGACCAAAGUGAAGACAAUUUCACAUUUCACUUGAUUUUGGAGACCCUAAAUUUCAACAGUACCUUCAUAAGAUUUUAACCGGAGAAAUACAAAACACCUUCAUCAUAAAUCAAACUACAAAACUACAAUGCUAAAAUACAUUUGCACGCAGCAAAAAUAUGAUUUUAGGACUUUUCUGUGGAAUUUGAGACUCUGCAGAGCUAUUGAUCUGUGAAAAUUGUCCAUUACUGUAAAUCUUAUUUUUUAUUUGUUUAUUAUGUUGUCAGUAAUAUUAUUAUAUAUAUUUUUUUGCCUGGUAGAUAUAAUUUAGGUCUGAAUAUUUACAAACAUAUUUUCUGAUGCACAAAGAAAGCUUUUUUUUUACUAUGCCACACAUUUUUUGUAUGCUUAAUAGUGCAAAACAGGAAAUAUGAAUGAAUAAUGUCUUCAGUAUAGUAACUGUACAAUACUGCAUUAUCAGAAUUUUUUUCAAAUGUGUUGCUCAGAUACAUUUCAGCCAUGUUUUAUGCGUUGCACUCAUGUUUUAAUGUGGAAAUAUUUUUUAGAGGUUCCAUUGAUUUCAUGACCUUUGAGGAGGUUUGAAACAGCCAAGGUCUGUCCCGAACUAUUCAGUCUUAGUGUUUGUCUAUAGUGUGACAGGUGCAUAUUAACUUUGUAGUCCAGAUUCAGUCGAUCAGUGUCAUGAUGAGCUGUUUAUUUUGUAAUGUUUGAAUAUCAUUGUCUUCCAAAAGAAAAUUAUGUAAAGGGCACUUCGGAUAAUUAUAAUUUGUAUGUAAAUAAAUGCAUUUUUUAUUAA